AUGAGGAAUAGGGCCAGUAAUACUCUGUCCAAGGGGAAAAUCCGUCAAUCAUGGAACAAAUACAACUUGUAUAACCUACAGCGAUUCCGAUCUCCCCCCACCGUCAACCGCACAUUCUUCCAGCAAAGAUGGGCUGCCAAGGCUAUCUCGCGUGCCUACCACGGAGAACAGGUCCGCGAAGGUCAAUGGAAGCGCAUGUUCUCCAAGCGCAUCCGCAGCGUUUUCCCCAUGAACACAGCCGAUCUUGCCGCAGAUGAUGGAUCCAAGAUGUCGGCCGGUCGUGGCUCUGGUUUACUCACAAAAGAAGAGAGACAACCCGCCCGCCUUGUUCCGUAUACCCAUAUGGCAUUUGCCCCCCUGGAGCGCCGGCUUGAUGUUGCCAUUUUCCGAGCACUGUUCGCUAGCAGUGCCCGACAAGCGAGACAAUUUGUUAUCCACGGUGCUGUCACUGUCAAUGGACAAAAGAUGAGACACCCCAGCUACCUACUCAACCCGGGCGAUCUCUUCCAGGUUGAUCCCGAACGCGUCAUGUUUGCGACCGGUGCCCCAAAGACGGCAUUCGAGCGACGAGAGACACGUCAAUUGAAGCUGAAGGAAGCCGAAGAAGAGGCUGAAGCUGAAGCCGAGGCCGAGGGCGAGAAGAAAUCAGAGUCCUCAGAGAAGCCCAAAAAGGAAGACUCUCGUGGUACCCUCAAAAUCUUGAUGGCUCAGGCCAAGUCUAUAAUGUCGACAGACAAAGACCUUGCUGCCAAGCGCAAGCAAGAACUGCGCGGCUUCCAGAAGGCUGUGCGCCGAGUGCUGUCCCGCUCCGAAACCAGUACGAUUCUUACAGACAGCUUGGAGGCGCAGUUCUCUGAGCUUACAUUGAUGCUGAAUGCUAAGCGGGCUGAGAAGAAGCCCAAGGAAGACAAGAAGAAGAAGGAAGUUCAAGAGCAGUCUGCUGAGUCUGAUGCUUCCACGGAAGCCGCCGCGGAGGCCAAGCCAUCAACACCUGAGGCUGGUGACAAGCUAUCUGAGGCCUUCCAGAAAGCCACAGAGGGCAACGAAGUCGACACGUCAGAAUUGAGCGAUGAAGAAUUCGAUAUUCUUCGCCGCGCCCUUACCCAGAUGCGCGACAACCCCAUCGACACCUCCAAGCCAUACGCCACUCCCUGGCGCCCUCGCGAUUACAUGUCUGCUUUUGCUUUCAUUCCUCGUUACCUCGAAGUCAACCAGAACAUCUGUGCUGCUGUAUACCUGCGUCACCCCGUUGCCCGUCCUGGUUUCGCCGAAGUACCCACCCCCUUCAGUGAGGCGAUUGCCACCCCAGCCUAUGGUUGGUACUUGAAGAGACGUUGGUAG